GCCCGCCGGCCGUGUCUCCUCCGCGGCCGCCCCCCUCUCCAGGACUCCUCUCCGGGACUUCACGUCUCCGCCGUCUGACCCGGCAUGGACCCGCUGGUGGCCGCCAUCGACCAGGGCACCAGCUCGACGCGGUUCCUGGUGUUCAAUGCAAAUACAGCCGAACUGAUCUGUCACCAUCAAGUACCGGUCAACCAGAGGUUCCCUAAGGAAGGCUGGGUGGAGGAGGACCCCAGAGAGAUCCUUGAAUCCGUCCAUGAGUGCGUGGAGAGGACCUGCGAGAAACUACAGCAACUCAAUGUCGACGUCUCCAACAUAAAAGCGGUCGGGGUGACCAAUCAGAGAGAAACAACCGUAGUUUGGGACAAAGAGACGGGCGAGCCGCUCUACAAUGCCAUCGUUUGGUUGGACCUUCGCACACAAUCCACUGUGGAGAGACUCAUCAGCAAAACUCCAGGCAGAAACAAGAACCACUUCAAGAAUCAGACCGGUCUUCCCAUCAGCACCUACUUCAGCGCGGUGAAGCUGCGCUGGAUGCUGGACAACGUGGACGAGGUGCGGCGGGCCGUGCUGGCCGGGCGCGCUCUGUUCGGCACCGUGGACUCCUGGAUCAUCUGGUGUCUGACAGGUGGAAAAGACGGAGGCGUCCACUGCACAGACGUGUCCAACGCCAGCCGCACCAUGCUUUUCAACAUCCACACCAUGGAGUGGGACUCAGAGCUCUGCAGGUAUUUUGACGUUCCGAUGGAGAUCCUCCCCGACAUCAGGAGCUCCUCGGAGAUCUACGGCUACAUGAAAUGCGGCUCUCUGGCAGGAGUUCCUAUCUCGGGGUGUCUGGGAGAUCAGUCAGCUGCUCUGGUUGGUCAAACAUGCUUACAGGAAGGUCAGGCCAAAAACACGUAUGGAACAGGUUGCUUCCUGCUCAGAAACACAGGCACGAAGCCUGUGAUGUCCGACCAUGGCCUGCUCACCACUGUCGCCUACAAACUGGGAAAAGACGCACCGGCCUGCUACGCUCUGGAGGGUUCGGUGGCCAUCGCAGGCGCGAUGGUGCAGUGGCUGAAGGACAACAUGGGCAUUGUGAAGUCCUCCUCGGAGAUAGAGAGUCUGGCUGCUGCUGCAGGGACGUCGUACGGAUGCUACUUUGUGCCUGCUUUCUCCGGCCUGUACGCUCCGUACUGGGAGCCCAGUGCACGAGGGAUCAUCUGUGGACUCACACAGUUCACCAACAAGAGUCACCUUGCCUUCGCAGCUCUGGAGGCCGUUUGCUUUCAGACCAGAGAGAUCGUGGAUGCCAUGAACCAGGACAGCGGCGUUCCUCUGAUGCAGAUGCAGGUUGAUGGAGGGAUGACGUCCAACAGAUUACUGAUGCAGCUGCAGGCUGACAUCCUCUGCAUGCCCGUGGUGCGACCCCUCAUGUCGGAGACCACCUCCCUGGGCGCUGCUAUGGCGGCGGGGGCGGCGAAGGGGGUGGAUGUGUGGAACCUGAGCCCCGACCAUGUCGUCCCGGUCACAUCCGAGAAGUUCCAACCUCAGAUCAACCCAGAAGAGAGCGAGUUCCGCUACGCUCGCUGGAAGAAAGCCGUGCAGAGAGCCAUGAACUGGGAGACCUCGGAGCCCAGCAGCCCCGAUAACCAGGACAGCAGAUAGACCGCCUUCAUCGUCACUGAUGAAACUUUCUCAAGUGCCAGUUCGAACGAAGCCUGACGAGCCACGGAGGUUCUACUUCACUUUUUUUUUUUUCUUUUUUUACAAACACUGAAGAGACUUGAAAAUCCAUGAUCUCAAAGAGGGAAUUGUUCUUUUAAAGAAUAAAAUCACUGGAGAAAUAUGAACUACUGUGAUUUAAACCAGACAGCACUUUAAGAUUACCUGCUGGAUUUUAAUACUGUAAUUUUUUUUAAAUUGAAGCCUCAUUUACACGAUAUUGGUUCGUGUGGAAGCAGCGUAGCCGGAGAGCUCGUCCAGUUUGCGGUUUUCACUUUGGGACGUAUGAAAAAACGAGGCCUCGUGUUUAAUUUUUUACUCGAUCUUUGAGUCUCUGAGCUUCGACACACAAAUCCUGCAUCGUUUACCGUGUUGAGAUGCUUUAUUUCUGUAUCAUGUGAGCAUAAAAAAGACAAUAAA